AUGAUAAGGAUAGAAGACGGUGAUGAUGAUGAACUGUGUGAUGAUGGUCCUGGGGAGGAUGUGUUUGUUGGUGGUGAUGAUGUUGAUGGAGGACUGAAUCCUGAAGCAGUUAGCCUGGAAAAUGAGUCUCUGCCAGGGUCUGAGGAAGCCAGCCUCUGGAACCCUCAGCCAGACUUACCUCAGAGCCAACAUGGAUUGGGAACAGAAGAAAUGAUGGACAAGAGAGGGACAGAAGAGAUGUCCACCUCCUUCUCAGCAACCACUCUUGAGAAGUUAAAUGAGAAGUUAAAGGAAUCUCUCGGGUUCCUUUUCUGUACCUCAACUUCUCACGAGCUUGUCAUGCAUUCUUUCAUUGACAUCUCAUAUCAGGAACUGUCCUUCCUUCUCUUCCAGGCUAACCUCCUGUCUUCCGACAGGACGCCCCCGGGCCUGGCGGACGAGCCCGAGCGCCCCUGCGCCUCGGCGCAGCCCGCAGCCUCUCCGCCGCCGCCCCAGCAGUCGCCGCAGCCAGCCUCCGCCUCCUGCGAGCAGCCCUCGGUGGAUACCGCUAUCAAAGUGGAGGGAGGCGCGGCCGCCGGCGACCAGAUCCUCCCCGAGGCCGAGGUGCGCCUGGGUCAGGCCGGCUUCAUGCAGCGCCAGUUCGGGGCCAUGCUCCAGCCCGGGGUUAACAAAUUCUCGCUGAGGAUGUUUGGCAGCCAGAAAGCCGUGGAACGCGAGCAGGAGAGGGUUAAGUCGGCCGGGUUUUGGAUUAUUCACCCCUACAGCGACUUCAGAUUCUACUGGGACCUGACCAUGCUGCUGCUGAUGGUGGGGAACCUGAUUAUCAUCCCUGUGGGCAUCACUUUCUUCAAGGAUGAGAAUACCACACCCUGGAUCGUCUUCAAUGUGGUAUCAGACACCUUCUUCCUCAUCGACUUGGUUCUCAACUUUCGCACGGGGAUUGUGGUAGAGGACAAUACAGAAAUCAUCCUGGACCCACAGCGGAUUAAGAUGAAGUACCUCAAAAGCUGGUUCGUGGUGGAUUUCAUCUCCUCCAUCCCUGUGGACUACAUUUUCCUCAUUGUGGAGACACGCAUCGACUCGGAGGUCUACAAGACAGCUCGGGCCCUGCGCAUCGUCCGCUUCACCAAGAUCCUCAGCCUCCUGCGCCUCCUGCGACUCUCCCGCCUCAUUCGAUAUAUUCACCAGUGGGAAGAAAUCUUCCACAUGACCUAUGACCUGGCCAGCGCUGUAGUGCGCAUCGUGAAUCUCAUCGGUAUGAUGCUCCUGCUCUGCCACUGGGACGGCUGCCUGCAGUUCCUGGUCCCCAUGCUGCAGGACUUCCCUGACGACUGCUGGGUGUCCAUCAACAACAUGGUGAACAACUCCUGGGGAAAGCAGUAUUCCUACGCCCUGUUCAAGGCCAUGAGCCACAUGCUGUGCAUCGGGUACGGACGGCAGGCGCCUGUGGGCAUGUCCGACGUCUGGCUCACCAUGCUCAGCAUGAUCGUGGGCGCCACCUGCUACGCCAUGUUCAUCGGCCACGCCACCGCCCUCAUCCAGUCCCUGGACUCCUCCCGGCGCCAGUACCAGGAGAAGUACAAGCAGGUGGAGCAGUACAUGUCCUUCCACAAGCUCCCGCCAGACACCCGGCAGCGCAUCCACGACUACUACGAGCACCGCUACCAGGGGAAGAUGUUUGAUGAGGAGAGCAUCCUGGGCGAGCUGAGCGAGCCCCUGCGGGAGGAGAUCAUCAACUUUAACUGCCGGAAGCUGGUGGCCUCCAUGCCUCUGUUUGCCAACGCGGACCCCAACUUCGUGACGUCCAUGCUGACCAAGCUGCGCUUUGAGGUCUUCCAGCCAGGCGACUACAUCAUCCGCGAAGGCACCAUUGGGAAGAAGAUGUACUUCAUCCAGCACGGCGUGGUCAGCGUGCUCACCAAGGGCAACAAGGAGACCAAGCUGGCAGACGGCUCCUACUUUGGAGAGAUCUGCCUGCUGACGCGGGGCCGGCGCACAGCCAGUGUGAGGGCCGACACCUACUGCCGUCUGUACUCGCUGAGCGUGGACAACUUCAACGAGGUGCUGGAGGAGUACCCCAUGAUGCGGCGGGCCUUCGAGACCGUGGCGCUGGACCGCCUGGACCGCAUCGGCAAGAAGAACUCCAUCCUCCUCCACAAAGUCCAACAUGAUCUCAACUCGGGCGUCUUCAAUUACCAGGAGAACGAGAUCAUCCAGCAGAUUGUGCAGCAUGACCGUGAGAUGGCCCACUGUGCGCACCGCGUCCAGGCUGCCGCCUCUGCCACGCCGACACCCACACCGGUCAUCUGGACCCCGCUGAUACAGGCGCCGCUGCAGGCUGCUGCCGCCACCACCUCCGUGGCCAUAGCCCUCACCCACCACCCACGCCUGCCCGCUGCCAUCUUCCGCCCUCCCCCAGGCCCUGGGCUGGGCAGCCUCGGGGCGGGGCAGACGCCCAGGCACCUGAAGCGCCUGCAAUCCCUGAUCCCUUCUGCACUGGGCUCUGCCUCACCCGCCAGCAGCCCAUCCCAGGUGGACACGCCAUCUUCCUCCUCCUUCCACAUCCAACAGCUGGCUGGAUUCUCCGCCCCUGCAGGACUGAGCCCUCUUCUGCCUUCAUCCAGCUCUUCCCCACCGCCCAGGGUCUGUGGCUCCUCUCCAGCUCCUACGCCAUCCUCCAGCACGGCUGCCACCACCACAGCUGGGUUUGGCCACUUCCACAAGGCACUGGGAGGCUCCCUGUCCUCCUCCGACUCUCCCCUGCUCACCCCAUUGCAGCCAGGUGCCCGCUCCCCACAGGCCAACCAGCCACCUCCCCCGCUGCCGGGGGCCCGGGGAGGCCUGGGACUCCUGGAGCACUUCCUGCCGCCUCCACCCUCAUCCAGGUCCCCAUCGUCUAGCCCGGGGCAGCUGGGCCAGCCUCCCGGGGAGGUGUCCCCGGGUCUGGCUGCUGGCCUGUCAAGUACGCCAGAGACACCCCCACGGCAGCCUGAGCGGCCGUCCGUGGCAGGGGCCUCUGGGGGCGCUUCUCCUAUAGCCUUUACCCCCCGAGGAGGUCUCAGUCCUCCUGGCCACAGCCCAGGCCCCCCAAGAACUUUCCCAAGUGCCCCACCCCGGGCCUCUGGCUCCCAUGGUUCCUUGCUCCUGCCACCUAUAUCCAGCCCCCCGCCACCCCAGGUUCCACAACGCCGGGGUACGCCACCCCUCACCCCAGGCCGUCUCACCCAGGACCUCAAGCUCAUCUCAGCCUCUCAGCCGGCCCUACCCCAGGAUGGGGCGCAGACUCUGCACAGAGCCUCCCCACACUCCUCUGGGGAGUCCGUGGCUGCCUUCCAGCUGUUCCCCAGAGCCAGUGGUGGCAGCGGGGGCAGCGGUGGCCUUGGUCCGCCUGGGAGGCCCUAUGGUGCCAUCCCUGGCCAGCACGUCACUCUGCCUCGGAAGACAUCCUCAGGUUCUUUGCCACCCCCUCUUUCUUUGUUCGGGGCAAGAGCCGCCUCCUCUGGGGGUCCCCCUCUGACUGCUGUUCCCCAGAGGGAACCUGGGGCCAGGUCUGAGCCAGUGCGCUCUAAACUGCCGUCCAAUCUAUGAGCGGGGGCCCUCCCUCCCUCUUCUCUCUUCUUUUUCCUCCUUUCUUCCUUCAGGUUUAACUGUGAUUAGGAGAUAUACCAAUAUCAAUAAUAAUUAUCAUUAAAAAAAAACAAAAACAAAAAAAAAAACACCAGACAAAAGACAGCAGAAAAUAACCAGGUAUUCUUAGAGCUAUAGAUUUUUGGUCACUUGCUUUUAUAGACUAUUUUAAUACUCAGCACUAGAGGGAGGGAGGAGGGAGGGGAGCAGGCAAGGCCCAAAUGCAAAGCCAGAGGAAGGCAGGGCAUUGCUGGGGCUUGGCAGGGGUGGGGGGAGACCCAUGUUUGGGGUUCCUAGGGCAGAUCUGUCUUUGUAUUCGUUUUAGGGCACCAGCCACCACCAGCCCCUUAGCUGUGAACUUGGGACCCCUUUAUGCUGAGGGUCAUCUUGUUCCCUGGGCAAAGGGCUGCUCUUGGAUGUAUCCUGGGAAGCCUCGGUCACCCGGAUCCUUGGAACAAAAUGAGGCCAGGGACCUGAGAACCUUGCAUUUUUUUUUACUGCAAACAUAGCAAGAUAUGUAUAUGUAUAUGUAUGUAAGAUGUGUAUAUGUAUAGCUAUGUAGCGCUCUGUAGAGCUAUGUAGAUAGCAUUCACAUGUGUGCACACGUGUGUGCAAUCUAAUUUAACCCCGUGUUGCCAGGACACCCAGGUCACCUUACCUCCAGCAGCCCGCCUUGGCCCGAAGGCAGGGCACCACAUGGCCUAGGGGAAGUAUUCUUUCCAGUCCUCAAGGAAGAGGACCCCAGGAACUUUCGGCAGGCCCCCGCUCUCCCCAUUUCUGGUCUCCAGUCCAGUUCUAGCCCAGCCUCUCACCACUGGAAGCAGAAGACUCUGGGUUGUGCCUCUCCUUUCCUGUAGGUCCUCAAGCAUAUCCCG